CAGUGUGAUGACUCUGAGCUGCUGUUUCAAUGCACAGGAGCUCCACAGGUACAUCAACUCGGAGAAGCCCCGGCUGCAGACUCUGGGCCGAGAAGCCUUACAUUGAUGCUCUGGCUCACGUGGCCAGACUGCCCAAUUUGGAAGCUGCGAAAAGUCUGCAAAUGUUGUAGAAAGUUCUUUAAGACCUCCCCCACCAGUGACUCCGCCAAGGGCAAGCCCCCCAGAGGGAGGUUCUGGACACGAAGCAAGCGGGUUGAGCCGACUCCAGCGCCACCUCCAACUCCCUCAGGGGGCACCCCGGCAGUCUCGGGAGUCACCAUCGGUCUGACAACUGACGAGGAGGAAGUGGACAGAGCUGAGGUCAUCUUCAGCUGGACCCAGUUCUUGUCUGCCAUUACGGAAGACGUCAAAGACGUCAGGUCGUUGGGCGGUCAACUCCUAUCGUAUGAUAAGGACGAGGCCAUGGAAGCCGUACUGGAAAUUAUGGAGGAUGUCAAGAAGCAUCCGGACCCUGGGUGCCUGCUGAGGUUAUGCCUGGACACCGUCACGGAACUCACCAAAAUGAAGCCGCCUAUCCCCUUCAAUCUCAAGGCAGCAGUCCUCAACGUGGCGGUGUCCGGGCUGAACCAAGUGGACCCAGGGACCCAGGAGAACAUGGCAUCCUUUAAGAAGAUGCUCAGGGGGCUGCUGGAGGAGGCCCCCUCUGUCUACAGCACCAUUGGCAUCUUGAAGGAGCUCCACAGGUACAUUGAGUCAGAGGAGCCCCGGAUGCAGGCUCUGGGCCGAGAAGCCUACUUCUACGUCCUGCAGCAUGUGGCCAGACUGCCCAAUGUGGAACUGACCACACACAAGGCUCUCUCGCGCAUUGAAGAUGACUUAACUCAUCAUCUGAUUAAAAGCACCAUCAAAGACGAUCUUGUCCUGGAGGACUUCAACGAGGAGGAGGAGUUUGGUAAUUGCUGAGAGAGAACAACUACUACAACAAUAAUCGAACUUGAAGUUACCCAGUGGCAGUAGAUUCAGGACAGACUGUUUUGCACAAUGCAUCUUUACAUUGCGGGAUUCCCUUCGAGAUGUCGGGAGUGCCACCGGCUUCGCUUAAGAAUUACACCAAUUAAUGGAAGAUAGGUCUGUCGAUAGACAGGCUAGAACUACUGAUGGAUGGGCUAACAGUCCAAAUUCCAAAACAGCCAUCCCAGUUCCUAGAGGAAAGGUCUCUCUCUCUCUCUCUCAUUUUAUUGAAUGUAAGUACAAAUAGCUGGCUCUUUCUUUCAGGUUUGAGGUCAUUCAGUAAUAAGUCUUCCCCAAUGCAAACUCUUUUGAGGGUUACAAUUUUAUGUUUUGUUUCCCCCCAGUGUUAUAGUAGUGUUGCUUGUCAAAGUGAAAGUGGCUCUCAUAUGGAAACCCUGACACCUUCCGUGCACACGUAAGAACAGGAUCACUGGUUCGUGUUCCCAUAUGGAAUUGUACACAAACAUUGAAUGCAGGUCUAAACUACCCAGGAUCCACCAAGCCAAGUGUCGUCAUAUACAUUGGCCCACCCGGCCUCAAUGAACCUCCUGUCUUGGCUGCUGUCUUUGACUCAGCAGAUCCCCAUUUCUUUCAUCCUGAUUCCAUCCCUUUGGUCUUGUGUUCCAGACAGCAAUCGUGUGUAGGAUCUGUAAAGCUUUUGCUCAAAUUCCAAGCACAGUGGUCUCACCCUACAGAUGCCCUCACCCUACAGACACCCUUCAGGUUACUCCUGAAAUGGGAAACAUGUUCUUUGGCUCUAAUUUCAUUUUCUGACAUUAGAAACUGGAUAGAUCCAAUUUGGAACUAUUUAUUUUUUUAUAAUUUAUUCUAUUUCUAUACCGCCCUUCCAAAAAUGGCUCAGGGCGGUUUAAACAGAGAAAUAAUAAAUCAAUAAGAUGGAUCCCUGUCCCCAAAGGGCUGACAAUCUAAAAAGAAACAUAAGACAGACACCAGCAACUGUCACUGGAGAUACUGUGCUGGGGGUGGAUAGGGUCAGUUACUCUCCCCCGCUAAAUAAAGUGAAUCACCACGUUAAAGGUACCUCUUUGCCAAGUUAGCAGGGGUAGCUAUAUAACUUCUUAUGUGAAAAAGGUACAUGAUACAGAAACCCAAUAGUGAUGUAAAGCAAAGAAUUCAUGGGACGGCAAAAUCAUUUUUUAUUAUGAACAUUUUGCCUUUCCAUUAUCAAAAUGAUGUGGUCGCUAAGAGUUGACGGUACUUGACGGCACUUAAUCAAUCGAUCACAUGCGUGCCACAAAGAAGCAGUUCUUUUCUGCCCGCAUUGCUUCUGCAAGCUCACGUUCAGCAGAGUUGUCUCGAGUUGUGAAAGGGUGAGUACAUGACCCUUCUCCCUUGAAUGAAUAUUUGGAUCCAUCAGUUACCCACUUUGACAUUUUAAACGAGAUGUUUGCAGAUGAAAACUCUCUUCAUCCAACGGAACUAGACUCUACAGGUAGUGCAGAGCCUACUGUGGAGGUGUCCGGAAGCUCCUCUUGCACAGUGAAAUUUGAUCAUUUUCCAUUUGUGAGCACGGAGGAUGUGGACAAGCUGCUUGGGAGACUUCACUUGACUACCUGUUUUCUUGAUCCUUGCCCAACAUGGCUUAUAUGAUCUAGCAAGGAGGUGAUUGGAGGAGGACUUGGAAGCAUCAUUAAUGCUUCUCUGAGGAAGGGCAGGAUGCCUCCUUGCCUCAGGAAGGCCAUGAUUAGACCACUGUUGAAGAAACCUGCAUUGGAUCCCAUUCAAGGCCUGUCUCCAACCUCCCAUGGUAGGGCAAGGGGACUGAGAGGGUAGUGCCAUCUCAGCUCCAGGAGUCUUGGAAGAAGGAGAUGAUCUGGGCCCAUUUCAAAAUGGCUUCCGGGUGGGCUAUGGGGUUGAGAAGGACUUGGUUGGCCUGUUGGGUGAUCCCCAAUUGGGCAUUGACAGGGGGAGUGUGAGCCUGUGGAUCCUUAUGGAUCUCUCAGCCGAUCCAUUUGAUAUCAGUGAAUCAUGGCACCUCCUGGAGCGCCUGAAGGGGUAGGGAGAGGGGUAGGGAGUGAGAGGCACCGCUUUGCAGUGGCUCCACUCCUACUUCUCAUGUAGGUCCCAGAUGCUGUUGAUUGGAGAUUGUUGCUCUUCCAAAUGAAAGCUAUUGUAUGGGGUUGCACAGGGAUCCAUUCUAUCUCCAAUGCUUUUUAAUAUCUACAUGGAUCGGUGCGGGGAAAUCGUCAGGGAUUUGGUGCAGGGUGUUAUCCAUAUACUGACACCCAAACCUCUUUCUCCAUGUCAACUUCAUUAGGAAAUGGCCUAACUUCCCAAAAGACUUACCUGGAGUCCCUGAUGAGGCAGAUGAGGGAGAACAAACUGAGGCUGAAUCCAAGGAAGACAGAGCAUUUUUCACCAACUACAAAUGAAAAGAUUCCUCAGCCAAUGCACUGUGCUGCCAAUAGAGUGUCGCCUGUGAAGCUCAUCACUCCCACCCUGAUAUCUGUACUGCCUAAAGUCCACAAAAAAACCUCAGUCAUCAGCUCUGAUUCCAAAAAAGCUGACUUGGGUAUCUACAAACCUUAAGUCUGCACAGUGACUUCCAGGCCAAGACAGGGAUCAUUACCAUCCCAACGUAGACUCGAGAGACCGCUCCACUCCCAACAAGGGAGACCCCAGAGAAGUCACACCAAGAUCACCCUCCGAUCCUGAACGUGACAUCAACAAAGCACAUAUGGAGGAUGAUACCAUCAACACUAGCUGGUCUUCUCAAGACCGGCCGCCUCCGGACUGAAAAGAGUCUCCUGCACGAUACCAGUGAUCUAGAAGAGACCCUAUGUGAUACCAACGCUCUCUGGGCCACAGGGAAUCCCCUCACCAUCUGUACUCUCCAAAACACUAUCCCAUAGGAUUCGGCAUAUUGCUACUGAGAACCUCGACACUGAAACUACUUUCCAUCUGAUCAUGCCUGAUCGUUCCACUAACUUCUUCGACAACAGAUCUGGCAUUGGUGAUAGAGGACGCUAUCUUCACCCUUGCUCUUGGGCUCCACAUCGAAACCAAUAUCCGGGGAGAUUGGACCAUCCAGACGCUCGGUCCCGAUCACAUUCUCCUCAGCACUGCUGGUCUUGGUCUCAGUCAAGAGAUAAAAGAACUCAACCACCUAAGCAGCCGGACCUUGACCCUCUACCACCAAAACUGAAGAAUCCGCCUCAGAGGAAGAUGCUGAAACAGCUCUGGGCAUCGCAUGGGGUUUCACACCUUCAGAUCCAACUGAAGAUCCCAGGCCUCUGUCUCCCUCGGAGUACCUGAAGCUCUUUCAGCACCUGGAGCGAAGAAAGGGAGGGCCAAACUGAAUAGCAUGCCCGACCAGUUUUGAAAAAUGCUGGAACCCAACUUGCCCUCAUACAUACAAAAAAGGAUAUUCCCAAGGAGGUGUUAAUUCUCUUGGAAGGGUCAGUCAUGUGGAGAUUUGACAGCAAGAGGAUGGAUGGCAGAAGAAUAUUGUUCAGAGCUGUGUAGUUACAGAGCUGUGUAGUCAGCUUCUUGAGUCUCAGCUUUCUGUCCCUCUUUGAAACAAAAAGCCAAUUUCUAGCCCCUGUGAUUUUAGAAAGGUACGCAAAUGGUUCUUAAGAGGAUGUUGAUACUGUUGAAGGACCCCUGGACCUUGAAUGCUGAAGGACCCUGCUAACGGGGCAAAGAGGCACCUUUUCAACAUGGUGAUUCUCUUUAUUUAGCAGGGGGAGAGUAACUGGCCCUAUCCACCCCCAGCACAGCACCUCCAGUGACUCUUAGGUUUCUUUUUAGAUUGUCAGCCCUUUGGGGACAGGGAUCCAUCUUAUUUAUAUAUGAUUUCUCUAUCUAAACUGCUUUGGAAACAUUUGUUGAAAGCGGUAUAUAAAUAUUUGUUGUUGUUGUUGUUGUUGAUUUCCAGUGUUCAGAGGCCACAACUUCAUGGCUGUGUACCCUUCCCUUUCCAUUCCUAUAGUCAACAGAAGCACAACCUUGCUUGUUGCAGAAUUUAGGCUGACAGCACACACAGUGCUGUCUGCAUGCAGUUCUUCCACAUAGCAGCAUCAUAAGAAGUUGUGCUCCAGUUCAUGGCAAGGCUUUUUUUAAAACUGCAUUGCCUUAACCCUCCUCCCCUUUAUGUUACACAGGUCCCUGUUUUCCAAAUCCACACUCUGUUGGACCGAGUUCAUAGAACUCAGGGUACGUGUACCGUGUGAAGCCCUCCAGUACAUCGAAGCCAACCAUGGAAGAUACCUGUGAAGGCAUGGGACUGGAAGACCUCACUACCCAAUGUACAGCCCAAUGGGAUCUGGCCCAUUGAUGAAAGGGAAGACGUCAUUCAACUCUACUGACCUGUCUAUAGGACACAACAACCUCGAACAGGGAAGUCCAACUCAGGGUCCGUAGGCUGGAUCUAUCCUGUGGCGCUCCACUGUCCAGCAGCCGAGCAGGUCCAGCUGAUUCCUGCCGUGAGUGCCGCCACAUUCCCUGUCUUCCCUCUCGCCAGCACCGCUGCAGCGACCGCUGAGCAGGGGCCAGGAAGUCCAUCACCACCAUGGCCGAAAAGCGGCCCUUAUCCAGCCCUUCUUUCCCCAUAAGGAAGUCAUGGCCAGAAGAGGUUUUCCCUUUGGAGAUGCUUUCUUCAUUUUGCCCAACAGACCCAAUAAAGGAUGUAUUAAUUGCGGGAUUUUGUUUUCAGUAUCAUACAAAAAUUGGUGUCUUUCACGUUUUCACACCAAGCAAGAACAAUAAAUGAUUUUCAUGUUUUAUUUUUGUUUCAUGUGUACUGUUUAUUGUAAACCUCCCAGAGACAUACGUUUUGGGUGGUACAUAAAUAUGUUCAAUAAAAUAAAUCAAUCAAUAAUGUAA